CGUGGGUGGCGGGUCAGGUGACCUGCGGGACUUCUGGGUGUGCUUGAGCGGUUGACUUAGGCCGUUCUCUCGGCCAAAGAGUCUUCGCAGCCAUGGCGAGUCAGUCGCAGGGCAUUCAGCAGCUCCUGCAGGCCGAGAAGCGGGCGGCCGAGAAGGUGUCCGAGGCCCGCAAGCGAAAGAACCGGAGGCUGAAGCAGGCCAAAGAAGAAGCCCAGGCUGAGAUUGAACAGUACCGCCUGCAGAGGGAGAAGGAGUUCAAGGCCAAGGAAGCUGCGGCGCUGGGGUCCCAUGGCAGUUGUAGCAGUGAGGUGGAAAAGGAGACCCAGGAGAAGAUGACCAUCCUCCAGAACUACUUCCAGAAGAACAGGGAUGAAGUCCUGGAUAACCUCUUGGCCUUUGUGUGUGACAUCCGGCCAGAAAUCCACGAGAACUACCGCAUAAAUGGAUAGGAGGUGGAAGCACCUGCUCUGUGGUUGGCGUGGGAGAUGUCCUCACAGGACAGGAAACCUCCACAGAGCUCGAGUCCUGCUUUGGAAGGCAUUAAAUUAUUUCUCUAUGCUGUUGUAGGUCCCUUCGCUUUUUGAGAAUAUCACAUCUAGCUUUUUGUACAGAUUUAGUACAUACCUGAAGUUUCAUCUUCUUACCUCUGUAUUUUUAAGGACUUUAUGUCACC